AUGGGUCGUGCGAAAUUGAAGAUGGAAUUAAUAAGCAAGGAGAAAUCAAGGAAUGCAACGUUUAAGAAAAGGAAAGAAGGUUUAUUGAAAAAGUUGUAUGAAUUCACUACACUUUGCAAUGUGAAUGGCCUUAUGAUAAUGUAUGGACCAAAACAAGGGAAUGGAUCAGAGUGUAGGCCUGAGAUUUGGACAAAUAGUAGUGGAAGUAGUAGUAGUACAAAUAGUAAAAGCUUACAACAACAACAAGAAGAGAUUGAGAAUUUAAUCGAUGAGUAUAAAAAGGAGAAUAGUUUGCAAUCUGGUAGUAGUAAAACCUUUGGAUUGUCUGAUUAUUUCGUUGAUCGAAACAAGAGGGUUGAGGAAGAGUUUAUCAAGUUGAGAAAGAUGAAUAUGGAGAAAAAAUAUCCAUGUUGGCUAGAGUUUAUGGAUCAGUUAUCUGAGUUUAAGUUGAGGGAUUUUUUAACUUUGUUGGAUGACAGAGUUGAAAAUGUCAAGGCUAGGAUUCAUUUGCUUAAAGGGAAUUUUAGUGGUUUGAUGGGAGGAGAAAUGAUUGAUUUGGGAGGAGGAAACCAAUGGACUCAUUACAAUGACAAUGUUAUGGUCCAAGGAGGGGGGAUGGAAUAUGGAGAUUAUAAUCAAUUGCAAGCUCCAAUAUAUCAUCAAGAAAUGAGGAUGGUGAUGAUGAAUGAGAAUGAUUGGCCACAGUAUAAUAAUGGUGCAUCGUCGUCGUCCUCCGCGGGGAAUGGGAGCAACAAUAUGAUGUGUGCAUUGAUGAAAUAUGAAACUAUGAUGCCAAGUAAUAAUCACUUGGCAUACUCACCCUAUGUAGCUCCAACAAUUCUGCAGCAAACUCCAUGCAUGAUGAUGCCACAGCAUUCUUGGAGAGACAACGACAGAGAUGACAAAGCUAAAUUUUCACCUUAUAUGACCAAGUAA